UGCUCACCUGCGAGCCUCCCCUCAGGUGAGGACAUUCCUGGACCAGCAGCAGCAGGUUCAGCAGCAGGAAUGUUGGACACACAGUCAGAGAGAAGAAGCCAUGAAGCUGGAAGCAGCCGCUGCUCUGCUGCUGCUGCUGCUGUGCUGCGACGCUGCAGAUGGCGGACCGAUGGGGCCUCUGGCGCCGGCGGUGGAACCCGAUCGGGCCAACGAGUUCCUGAGGAGACUACGGAGGCCCAGGAGGAACAUCUGGGACCGCAGCAGGCCAGAUGUUCAGCAGUGGAUCCAGCAGUUCAUGAGUAUGGGCUACGACGAGGCGAGGCUGGAGGCGGACCUCUCCUACUGGAAGGACCAAUGGCGUUCCUCCGAUCAGGGGCGCCAGCAUCACUAUGAUGAGAAUGCCGCCGUGGCGCCGCGAGACUCCGCCUCCUACAGACAUGGAGCCAACGUCAACUACGACUAUUAUUGAUUAUUGAUCAGUCACACAGUCAGACUGAUGCUCUGGUUUUAUCACAGCAGGACAAUAAAUAAAGACAAUAAAUGAUCAAUUGAUUGAUUGAUUGGUGUUUGGGCUGAGGGGUUGGGGCACAGUCCCGAGGGGGCGGGGCAUAUGGCUGAGGGGGGCGGGGCACACGCCUUGUGUCUCUGAGGUCAGGUAGAGCUCCUGGUUGUAUCUCAGUCCGGCUCAAUCAGUUGAUGAAAUGUAAUAAAGAACGUUUGCUAAUCUGA